CAUCAAAAAUAUUCAAUGAAAAUGAUUGGCUGAAUAUGAUUUCAACAUAUUUUAAUCAUCUGCAAGCCUUUCAUAAAGCGAGAAAUAUACGAGUAGAAUUAUUCUUUCAAGAACUAUGUAAUGGGCUAGUAAUGGAUGUUUUGCGACUCGGGAUAUAUUUCUUGUCUGCAGUUUCCUUCGUGGAAUGCUUUAAGUAUACUGCAGCCAUUGUUUUAAAGGUUCAAGAUGUUACCGCGGGUGUACCAUCAGAAAAUAUGAUAGAAUGCGCGUUCAAGCUAAUGAAAACAUCAGAUAAAUCUUUCGUUAGAAUUGCUGCAGGUACAGAACUCUGUGAACAGCUUGCUCGUCCCUUGUCAAACUAUUCGAGUUUUUUCGAAGAAGGAUACGAGUACUAUGAAAAAUCUGUAUAUGAUAGAGUGUAUGAGAUACCGAACCCCUACAAAGAGAAAGUUUCAUACUACAUUUACUCAGAAGUUAAAAUUGGAGACAAAUUCAAUUUUGUGUUUCGGAAGAUGAGCACAGACACGUUAUAUAUAACAUUCAAAAACACAACAAAGAUAAACGUCCUAAUAUUCGACGACGAUUCAGUACAGCUGUCUUUGAAUGAUAAACGUAACAGUCAUUAUGGUGAGGUGGUCAAACCUGCAUAUCCUUUUCACGACUUCAAAACAUACACAAUCAUUUUUGAGGUAGUUGAGUUACACUGGAAGAUUUCAAUAAACGGCAAAGUGCUAACAAUGUUUGACCACCGCCAAUCACUUCAACACAUCACAAUGAUCGUUGUUAAAUAUGGACCUUCAAUGAAAUACCUAUCAAAGGCAUUUGAUCCAAGGGAUAAAUCAAUUCAUUAAACAAUAUUGUGAAUACUGGCUUGAUUUAGUUUAUGUGGAAGUUGUGCAAUUAAGCGUCUCGUUCAAUAUUUUAGUAGUUUUAAACGCAUUUCACUCACCAUAUAAAAAGCAUAGGCGAUUUCGAUCAUCUUCGGUGAUAUCUUUUUUUUUGUCUGAGCUGUCUUUGUUUGGACGUAUAUUAUGUCAUUCGGUUACUCUGGUCGGACCAGUCUAAAAAGGGUCAUUUCUCAGGUUAAAAGAACGCGUAUCGUUAUGGAUUUAAUUUGAUCCCCGCGAUGUUGCAAACGAACACAGAAAAGAAAGUACAAACUAUCAACUUCGUUACCGGACUUAAUUAUUUCAACUUCCGUAACCAGAAAAAGUUCGUGAUUGAAGUCGCUAUAUAUUUGCCGUACUGUAUUGCUAAUAACAAAUUCGAUGUUCUCAUUUUGCUAGGCGGCGGAAAGACGCAAAUAUAAUUAAAGGAAGAAAAUAAAAGGCAAAUUUUGAGAAUAUAAGUAAAUAUUAACCCUUAAUUAAAUGGAAUCGAAAGUGGUCAUUUUUAACAAACAAGGCAAAUGUUGAAUGUAUAAAACACAACUAAAGAUGUAAACAUUAACCCUUAAUUAAAUGGAAUCGAAAGUGGUCAUUUUUAACGUACAGUCUGACCUGAUUCUAUACUACUAGUGUCACGUUGUUUUAUAUUUUCGUAUUAAAAUCCCAUAUGCUUUAAAGAAUUGCUUUGCAACACC